CCAACUUUAAUUUUUAUUAAUGCAAAGAGAUCACUCAUAGAAAUCCUUAGUAUAUAUAUCAGCAGCCCACCCUUGAGAUUCUCCGUGUAGCGCAGAGAGAGAGAGAGAGAGAAUAUAUGAUGGAGAAGGAAGGAGUAAGAAAAGGGCCAUGGACUGAACAAGAAGAUGUUCAGCUGGUACUAUACGUGAACUUGUUCGGCGACCGGCGAUGGGAUUUCAUAGCAAAAGUUUCAGGCUUGAAAAGAACAGGCAAGAGUUGCAGGCUGCGUUGGGUUAACUACCUCCACCCUGGCCUCAAAAGGGGUAAGAUGACCCCUCAUGAGGAGCGCCUUGUUCUCGAGCUUCACUCCAAAUAUGGAAACAGAUGGUCAAGAAUUGCCCGGAAAUUACCCGGUCGAACCGAUAACGAGAUCAAGAACUACUGGAGGACUCACAUGAGGAAAAUGGCUCAGGAGAGGAAGAAGGGCGCUGCAUCUCCAUCGGUAUCGGCUUCCUCAUUGUCUUCCAACUCUUCAUCCUCAUCAAUCUCAAAUAGCCCUACGGCAGAACUGAUCAGUACUCCGGCCCUGCAGGCUAAGGAGCACAGUUUUUACGACACAGGUGGGAUGGAAUUGAUGGCUGCAGCGCCUGGAGAAAAGAAGAUUACUAGCUCGAAAGCCGAAGAAAGCCCCAAGGUGUAUUCCAUGGAAGACAUAUGGGAAGACUUUGAGUUUUCACAAGAAAAUUGCAACCAGCUGAUGACCUGCCAAGCAGUGGCCUCUCCCAUAUGGGAUUACUGCCCCACAGAUCACUCCCUGCAGCUGUGGUCCAUGGACGAAGAAGAAAGCAGGUUGCCGAUGCAGCCAAUUGGUGAUGAUCACUUUCAUUCUUUCCCUUAUUACAUGACUGGCUAAAUUAACAUGAAAAAAGUUCAAUUUUUAUUUCAAAGAGAAUUUGGUUAUAUAUAUAUAGUUGAAAGUUAGUGCUACUUCUAAGUAAUUAACUCUGUGUAUAGUUUUAAUCUUCGGAUUCAGCAGUUGUUAAUGUUUUGUCAGCACUCUUGUCUUUCAAGUCGUGACUGUAAUCAAUCAUCUAAUGUGUGAAUGUACUUUAGUAGUUUGUUUCCUGCUCA